UCAGAUUCCUGUCAGCUCACAGUCGACACAAACACAGUAAACAGAAAACUCAAACUGUCCAAAAACAACAGAGAGGUGACGUAUGUGAGAGAGGAUCAGUCAUAUCCUGAUCAUCCAGACAGAUUUGACUACUGGCCUCAGCUGCUGUGUAGAACUGGUCUGACUGGUCGCUGUUACUGGGAGGUCGAGUGGAGAGGAAGCGUUGAUAUAUCAGUGAGUUACAGACGAAUCAGCAGGAGAGGAGGCAGUGGAGACUGUGAGUUUGGACUGAACGAUCAGUCCUGGAGUCUGAACUGCUCUGAUGAUGAUGGUUACUGUGUCUAUCACAAUAACAGCCAAACACCCAUCACCUCCUCCUCCUCCUCCUCCUCCUCCUCCUCCUCCUCCUCUGUCUCUGGUAGAGUAGCAGUGUAUGUGGACUGUCCUGCUGGCUCUCUGUCCUUCUUCAGAGUCUCCUCUGACUCUCUGAUCCACCUCCACACCUUCAGCACCACAUUCACUGAACCUCUUUAUCCUGGCUUUGGGCUCUGGUCCUGGUCUCCUGGUUCCUCAGUGUCUCUGUGUCCUCUG